AUGGAUCUUCUCAAGGCUCUAAUCGUUGCCAUCUGCCUAUGCUUUGUUCGAGCCCUGUGCGAUGCGGCCUCAGCCUCUCCGUCGCCAGAGCAGGAACGGGAAAUUCAGAUGCUCAGAUCGAAGGUCGCGUCCUUCGAGGAUGAGAUCAGCAGGAGGAAGGAGGAGACCUCGGAGCUGGAGAGCGUUGUCAGGGAGAGGACCUCACAGAUGGCAACAUUGGUAGGCGCCCUAGAACUUUUGCAGAAGGUGAACUUGGGUGAUGAUGAGUCUGUGAUGAAGGCGAACACACAUACUGCAAUGCUUGAGAAGCAGAUUGAGAGGCUGGGUAACGAUUUGGAAGACCAGAUUAGGAAAGGCGAAUCAUUAGAAUCACGGGCUAUUGAAGCUGAAAGAAGCUUGCAUGAAUUCGGUCGCAAGUUGGAGCAUGCUGAGAGAACUAAUAUUGAGCAGAAAAAGAAGAUUCAGGACCUCAGUGACAGGCUUCAGUAUUCACAGGACAAACUUUCUUUGUUGGAAAACGAGGCAAAAUCUAAGGCUGAAGAGUUGGCAAAGGUUCAUGGCAUGUGGCUUCCCCAUUGGCUUGCAAAACUAGUUCGAGUGUCAAAAGGCCAUCUCGACGCACUGAGGAAUGCUACCGUGGCAUUCACAUCAGCAGUGUACAGAGUUUGCAGGGACGUUAUCCAAGCGUGUACAGUGACGGGAGGAGGAUUCGCAGAUAACUAUUGGCAGAGAUUCUGCCGGCCAUACCUCAGCCGCGUCGUCGCAGCAUCUGAACCUCACCUGUCUAGAGCAAGCGUGGUUCUCGAACCUUACAUGAGGCCCGCAACAUCCGCGUGGAGAAGCCUCGUCUCGUUUACAAGCGAAUACCAUCAUCAGGUUCAGAACGGAGUGAAGCGCUUCCUUCAGGGCAAUCAACUGCUGACGCCCCUUUCAGCUGACAAACUGGCAUGGAUCACGUAG